UAAACACUCAUCGAAUCAAUUCUCUUCUUCGGUUCUAUGCUUGUUACAAAACUCUCAUUCUUUCACUCUUUCACGCACACUCUCAUUUCCUUUAUUCAACAAUGGCGGCAACUACACAGGACGAUAACCCACUCCUGAAGGACUUCGAUUUCCCUCCUUUCGAUGCGGUGGAAGCGAAGCACGUGCGCCCGGGGAUCCGCGGCCUCCUCACGAAGCUGGAAGCUGACUUGGACGAACUUGAACGCACUGUUGAGCCCUCCUGGCCCAAACUUGUUGAACCCUUGGAGAAGAUCCUCGAUCGCCUCUCCGUUGUCUGGGGCAUCGUCAACCACCUCAAGUCCGUUAAGGAUAAUUCCGACCUCCGUUCCGCCAUUGAAGAUGUUCAGCCGGAGAAGGUUAAGUUCCAGCUUAGAUUAGGGCAAAGCAAGCCCAUUUACAAUGCCUUCCGAGCCAUUCAGGAGUCUCCUGAUUGGAACACAUUGAGUGAUGCUCGCAAGCGUAUAGUUGAAACACAAAUAAAGGAGGCGGUUCUUAAUGGAGUUUCUCUUGAAGAUGACAAAAGAGAGCAAUUUAACAAAAUUGAACAGGAACUAGAAAGGUUAUCACAAAAAUUUGAGGAGAAUGUUUUGGAUGCAACAAAAAAGUUUGAAAAGCAAAUCACUGAUAAGAAAGAGAUUGAAGGAUUACCUGCUACUGCUCUUGGGUUGGCGGCUCAAAGUGCAGUGUCUAAGGGACAUGAAAAUGCUUCGGCUGAGAAUGGACCAUGGGUUAUCACAUUGGAUGCUCCAUGUUUUAUUGCUGUAAUGCAACAUGCUCGUAAUCGUUCUUUGCGUGAGGAAGUCUACCGUGCAUAUGUUACGCGUGCUUCAAGUGGAGAUUUGGAUAAUACAGACAUAAUUAAUCAAAUUUUAAAGCUUAGGUUGGAAAAGGCCAAGCUUCUCAAUUACAACAACUAUGCUGAGGUUAGCAUGGCUACCAAAAUGGCAACUGUUGAUAAAGCAGAAGAACUUCUGGAAAAGCUUCGCAAAGCUUCCUGGGAUGCUGCCGUGCAAGAUAUUGAAGAUCUUAAGGAAUUUGCCAAAAGUCAAGGUGCAGCUGAAGCUGACGAUUUGACACAUUGGGACAUCAACUUUUGGAGUGAGACCCCCCCCCCCCCCCAAAAAACAAAAAAAAAAACCGAAAAAAAAAAGAAGUAACUACGCCCAUUUUUCUCUCUCCCAAAGGUUAUUGAUGGGCUCUUUAACCUUGCAAAAACUCUUUUUGGUAUUGAAAUUGAGGCAGCUGAUGGCCUAGCCCCGGUUUGGAAUAAGGAUGUCAGGUUCUUCCGUGUUAAAGAUUCUGUAGGUAGUCCAAUUGCAUACUUCUAUUUUGACCCAUACAGUCGUCCCUCUGAAAAAAAACAAGGUGCAUGGAUGGAUGAAGUUGUUGCUCGUAGUCGUGUAUUAUCACAUGAUGGUAUCUCGCCAAGGUUACCUGUUGCCCACAUGGUGUGCAAUCAAACACCACCAGUAGGGGACAAGCCUAGCCUAAUGACAUUCCGUGAGGUUGAGACCGUCUUCCAUGAAUUUGGUCAUGCACUGCAACACAUGCUUACCAAGCAGGAUGAGGGUUUGGUUGCUGGUAUUCGAGGGAUAGAGUGGGAUGCUGUUGAGCUACCUUCUCAGUUCAUGGAAAAUUGGUGCUAUCAUAGAGAGACUCUAAUGGGUAUUGCAAAGCACUUUGAAACUGGGGAGUCUCUCCCCGAAGAUGUAUACUUGAAGCUUGUUGCAGCUAGGACUUAUCGUGCUGGAUCUCUAAGUCUUCGGCAGUUAAGAUUUGCAACUGUAGAUCUAGAGCUUCAUACAAAAUAUGUUCCUGGAGGACCAGAAUCUAUCUAUGAUGUUGACCGGAGAGUUUCUGAGAAAACACAAGUGAUUCCUCCACUGCCAGAGGACAGGUUUCUUUGCAGUUUUAGCCACAUAUUUGCAGGUGGAUAUGCAGCUGGAUAUUACAGUUACAAGUGGGCUGAGGUGUUGUCUGCAGAUGCUUUCUCUGCAUUUGAGGAUGCUGGGUUAGAUGACAUCAAGGCUGUUAAAGAAACAGGGUGCAAGUUCCGCGAGACGAUUCUUGCUCUUGGAGGCGGCAAGGCACCCCUAGAGGUGUUUGUGCAAUUCCGGGGGCGAGAACCAACACCGGAUGCAUUGCUCAGGCACAAUGGCCUAUUGUCAGCUGCAGCUUGAGUAUAGUAUCUAAUGUUUGGUGAAGAUCGGAGGCAGAACAUCAUGUUAUUUUAUCACCGAUACAUGAGAUUUGGAGAUGGCUUGUUUCACACUGCCAUAUCAAAUCUGUGCAACUGAACAAAAAGUAACCUUUACUUACCUUAAUCUAUCAGAAAACAUCAAUAAAAAAGUCCAAUUGUCAUUGAUAAUUUCUUAAUCCAGCCCCUUUGAGAAAUCGGAAAAAAAAAAUACAGGAACAGCAUUUUUCGCUCUUUAAAAUCACCACCUGAUUUUCAGACAUGUCGCAUGGUACAUUUUUAAGGCUUAUUAUUUUUUCUAUGCUGCAUGUGAGUGUGUAUGACAAAAAGAUGAGACACAAGAUAUGAUUGCGAUGCUAUGGGAUUAAAGAAAUCGGUGCCUCUGAUUUCUUUUUUGGUUGUA